UACCUCUCCAACGAAACCGCCGACUCCCACCGAUUCUCCAUCCCCGUCAUUUAUGGAUACUUCUCUCUGAUGCCAUCAAAUUCCGCUCUCAAAUUCCGCUCUCAAAUUUCACCGGCGAAGAGAUUGGAAGUUCUUCAAACAAAAUGCGAGGCCAUGAUUGGAUCAAUACGGUCCUUCCUGAUGAGUUGAUCGUUGAGAUCUUUCGGUGCCUUGAUUCGAAGCUCAGUCGCGAUGCUUGUUCUCUCGUUUGCAGGCGUUGGCUCAAGCUCGAGCGCCACAGCCGGACCACCCUACGAAUCGGUGCAACUGGUAGCCCCGACCUCUUUGUUCAGCUCCUUGCUCGCCGUUUUGUCAAUGUCAGAAAUGUCCACAUUGACGAGCGCCUGGCGAUUUCUUUUUCCCUUCAUCCAGGAAGAAGACGUCGCAAGGAAACCAUGCGCUUGCCAUACCUUGCAACUGAUAGUACUGGGGCUGAAGGUGCGUUGGAAUCUUGUCUGUCAGAUGCUGGGUUAAUUGCUCUCUCCGUAGGUUUUCCGAACCUCGAGAAACUAAGCUUAAUUUGGUGCUCUAACGUUUCAAGUCACGGUUUGACAUCCCUAGCUGAGAAGUGUAGAUUUUUGAAAUCACUGGAUCUACAGGGCUGCUAUGUUGGGGACCAAGGUAUAGCUGCAGUUGGGAAAUUCUGUAAACAACUUGAAGAUGUAAAUCUGCGUUUUUGUGAAGGGUUGACUGAUACUGGUUUGGUUGCAUUAGCCUUUGGUUGUGGAAAAUCAUUGAAAGCAUUUGGUAUUGCAGCUUGUGCCAAAAUAACUGACGUCUCAUUAGAAGCUUUGGGUGUGCACUGCAAAUAUCUUGAGGUCUUGUCGCUAGAUUCAGAAGUUAUCCACAACAAAGGGGUGCUUUCCGUAGCUCAAGGCUGCCCACAUCUGAAAGUUUUGAAGCUACAAUGUACAAAUGUCACAGACGAAGCCUUGGUAGCUGUAGGCGCCUCAUGUCCUUCUCUGGAAUUAUUGGCUUUAUACAGUUUUCAAGAAUUUACCGACAAGGGUUUACGUGCCAUUGGAGUAGGCUGCAAGAAGUUAAAAAAUCUCACUCUAAGUGAUUGCUAUUUCCUGAGCGAUAUGGGUUUGGAGGCUGUUGCAGCUGGUUGUAAAGGACUAACACAUCUUGAAGUGAACGGCUGCCACAACAUUGGAACCAUGGGACUUGAAUCCAUCGCAAAAUCUUGCCUCCAACUCACUGAAUUGGCUUUGUUGUACUGCCAAAAGAUUGUCAACUCUGGUCUUCUUGGAGUUGGUCAAAGUUGCAAGUUCUUACAAGCGCUUCACUUGGUAGAUUGCUCAAAGAUUGGAGAUGAAGCAAUAUGUGGCAUAGCCGAAGGAUGCAGAAAUUUGAAGAAACUCCAUAUUCGUCGAUGUUAUGAGAUUGGGAAUGCAGGAAUCAUAGCUAUUGGCGAGAAUUGCAAAUUCCUCACGGAUUUGAGCCUCAGAUUUUGUGAUAGGGUUGGUGAUGAGGCGCUUAUUGCCAUUGGUAAGGGUUGUUCCCUUCAUCAGCUGAAUGUUAGCGGGUGCCACCGUAUUGGUGAUGAGGGAAUUGCAGCCAUCGCUAGAGGUUGUCCCCAACUGAGUUACUUGGAUGUAAGCGUUCUCGAGAACUUGGGUGAUGUGGCAAUGGCUGAGUUAGGGGAAGGCUGCCCCUUGCUCAAGGACGUGGUGUUGUCUCACUGUCACCAGAUAACCGAUGCGGGUAUAAUGCAUUUAGUGAAGUGGUGCACCAUGCUGGAAUCCUGUCACAUGGUCUACUGUCCCGGUAUUUCCGCAGCUGGGGUCGCCACUGUUGUUUCUAGCUGCCCCAACAUAAAGAAAAUUCUGGUUGAGAAAUGGAAGGUGAGUGAGAGAACGAAACGACGUGCUGGUUCAGUUAUUUCAUACCUUUGCGUGGACCUCUAGAACACAUUUUCGUGUUCGUGCUCAUGCUCGUGUUGGUGAUAGUUGAGUCAAGUAAGUCUAUCUGAAUUUGUUUUGCUGUCACUUUUCAGUUGCCCUUCGUGGUUUUUUUCUUGUGCUGCAUCUCUUGUUGUAAUUCUUAAAUUCAGAAGAUGACGACCAUGGUUUUGUCAAAAGAGAAAUAUUGGCUGAGCUCAAUUAACAUCGUUGAUAGUAAUAAUAUUGUAUAGAAAGCCCAAUAAAGCGACAAUUCUGAAUUUAAGAAAAAUCCGCCGGAAUCCCCCGUUGGUAUGAUGUGAACCCAAUUGAGGCGGGGAGGAUGUAUUUCUUAUUGAAAGAGUCAUUCGAUCAUUGAGUUUUCAAUAUGUUAUUGCUUGAUGAAAUGUAUUCGUGUAAUCAAACUAAAGUCUUUAACUAGUUCUUUUUUCCCUCUUA